AUGGGCGUUGAUACAAGCUACUUGACCACCCAGGUCAAUAAUAUUGUCAGCCAGCUCCACGGGAUUUUCGAUGAGAUCGGAGUCCCCAGUCAUGAGCGCGAGUCGCGAGAAGCAGAGCUCUUCAGCGCGCUAUCAGAGACACUCAACAACCACUUGAAGCUUGUGGACGACGAGAAAAAUGCGAUGACAGAAGAAGCGCAUAAACUCAUCAAUGCGAUUCAACAAAUGGAGGAGUCCCUGGUUGACGAGAAAGCCAAUGGCCAGUACAGUCUCGACAACGAUGAUCUUCAGGUUACUUAUCCCCUCAAUCGCUGCGUCGCCUUCCUCCGAGAACAACACAGCGCAAUCGGCAAACUACAUAGGCAGCGCUUUGAACAAGUGAAGAAACUGGUCGAAGCCCUCGAGUCAUAUUCGUCCCACCUCGAACCCUCCUUCGUUACACUCGAGCUUCCUCCCACAGCUCCUGGAUCUUCGGUUGCUCCGAGCUUCGAUCUCUCUCCAACGUACGUCACGGCCCUCGAUAACGAGUUUACUAGAGUGUACGAAGAAUACCACCGCCGUCUUGAGCUCGUGACCACAACAUGCGAAGAAAUCAUCAAGCUCUGGGCCGAGCUUGGGACACCUCAGGCACAAACUGAUUCCAGUAUUGUUCAGCACUAUCGCGAGUCGCCCGAACAACUAGGACUUCAUGAAUCGGACUUGGCAAACUUGCUCGCGCGUAGGGAGAAACUGCUGGAUGAAAAGAGAGGGCGCGAGCGCAAGUUGAAAGAUCUCAAACACGCCGUUGAAGGGCUUUGGGAACGCUUUGGCGUCGAGGAAUGUGACAGAAAGGCUUUCCUCGCUGCGAACCGUGGCUGCGGCCUUCGUACUAUCAAUGAGUUUGAAGAGGAACUUUCCCGUCUAAACGAGUUGAAGAGGCAGAACCUACACCUUUUCGUGGAGGACGCACGGUGCCGGCUGCAGGAGCUGUGGGACGGGUUGUAUUAUUCGGAAGAAGAGAUGUUGGACUUUACACCCGCCUUCUCUGAUGUUUACAGCGAUGCACUCUUGGAGGCUCAUGAGGCGGAGAUUGCACGCCUAGAAGCUUUGAAAGAACAGCGCGCUCCGAUUCUGAAUUUAAUCGACAAACAUCGAAGCCUUCUUGCAGAACGAGAGGCUUUGGCUGUUUCCAGCCAGGACGCGUCUCGGUUGAUGGCUCGCGGAAACAAGGGAGAACGGCGUGAUCCCGGAAAGCUACUCAGAGAGGAGAAGAUGAGAAAAAGAAUCGCCAAGGAGUUGCCGAAGGUUGAGACCGACCUUAGGAAGGAAUUGGAGAAUUUCGAGGACGAGUACGGACGGCCGUUCCUGGUUCAGGGAGAAAGAUAUCUCGAUGAACUCACCAAAGUAGCUGCGAAGCCUCCGGCACGUUCCAAGACACCUGGUCCGUCAAGUACGACGAAACGCAACGCUCCCCCAGCUCGUCCUGCCAGCGCCAUGAACCGUCCCGGAAGCUCUAUGAGGGGUCCUCCCCCGCCUCGUUCCACGACAAAAACACCGACAAGCCAACCCACCAAGUACAACACUGUUGGUGCAUCUCGGUCAGGAGCCAAGUCACCGACGAAAAUCCCGGCCAGAGUCCCGUUGAGCAAUAUGCCCCAUGGAAACAAUUCUGCUGACCGCCGUGGUCCGAGUACAUACUCGUCGAGUACGGUGAAUGGUAAACUGCCUUCGUCUCGCGCGCCACCACCGAGGAUGCGAGCCCUGACGACAACUGACAAAGAAGAGCGAGGAAGCUACCUGUUUGAACCUCCUCGCUGCGCGAGUGCCAUGUCCAAUUCAUUUGUCCGGCCAGUUAGCCCUGAAGAUGUGUACGAUGAUCGCCAACGUUCCUUCAUGAGCUCCUCCAUAUUUUCUCAACGCUCAACCGGAUUCUCUCAAUCAUCACAAUCCUCCGCUUCGUCUGUGUCGCUCAAGUCGUCCCUGCAGGGACAAUUCCCGCGACCUAACCCGUACCUGCAGCACGCCCCACCACCUCCGGCCCCCAGGCAAGUGUCCAAUGCUUCUUCCGCCUCCGCUGCCGAUACGAUAACGACGGGAUCCGAGAACUGGGAGACGUUUGACGACGGAUCAGAGUCGGACGGUGACGCGAGUGAAGCGUACUACGCCAGACUUAGGGCAGCGCAUGGAAAACGCCUGGCGCCGGAGGACCAGCAGCCCUCAAUAUCGUUGGCUGGCAAGAAGGCGAAGGGAAUUCGAAGCGUUAGCCCCGAUGAGCCGAUUGGACGACAUAUGGUACGAGUGGCCGGAAGUGAUAACGGCUGGACCGAUGACAUGGAGGCUUACUAA